AGUGAGAGUCCGAUGUGGCAGAGAGGCCGCCGCCGCCAACAGAGAGGCCGCCGCCGCCAACAGAGAGGCAGACGAGUGGGUGCAGGAACCAAGCGCUGAGGACGCCACCACAGUCCUCUUCGCUUGCCCCGCUGCCCUCCUAGACACACUCCUUGCUUGGGGAUCGUCUUCUCCUAGCUCUUGCAAGCGCUCAGCUGAUCGCCUGGUGAUCUUCCUUCGCUGUAGGCUCUCAGCGGAAGCAGCGACGAGGUGUCCGAUUUGGGCACGUUAGGCCUGCGAUCCGGGACGGCAUGAAGACUCCAUUUGGAAAGGCGGCUGCAGGGCAGCAGUCCAGGACAGACACAGGACACACCAGUGUGUCUGUGACCGUGAUGAAAAAGAAGGCUGCACACAAGAAGCACAGGAGCAGACCCACCUCUCAGCCUAGGAGGAAUAUUGUGGGUUGCAGAAUUCAGCAUGGCUGGAAAGACGGAAAUGAACCUCUAACACAGUGGAAGGGAACCAUUCUGGAUCAGGUACCUGUAAAUCCCUCUCUGUAUCUUAUCAAAUAUGAUGGAUUUGACUGUGUUUAUGGAUUGGAACUUUACAGAGAUGAAAGAGUGUCAUCACUUGAAGUCUUUCCUAAUAGAGUUGCAUCAUCUAGAAUCAGUGAUACACACUUAGCAGAAAUCAUGAUUGGCAAAGCAGUGGAACAUAUUUUUGAGACAGAGGAGGGUUCCAAAAAUGAAUGGAGAGGGAUGGUCUUAGCUCAGGCACCUGUCAUGAACACAUGGUUUUACAUUACCUAUGAGAAAGAUCCUGUAUUAUAUAUGUACCAGCUCCUAGAUGAUUAUAAAGAUGGUGACCUUCGCAUUCUUCAAGAUUCCAGUGAUUCUCCUCCAGCAGAGAGGGAGCCAGGAGAAGUCAUAGACAGCCUAGUAGGCAAACAGGUGGAAUAUGCCAAAGACGAUGGCUCCAAAAGAACUGGCAUGGUCAUUCAUCAGGUAGAAGCAAAACCCUCUGUGUAUUUUAUCAAAUUUGAUGAUGAUUUUCAUAUCUAUGUCUACGAUUUGGUAAAAACAUCUUAGAGGUCAUCUUGAAAUUUACCAAAUAUGUAAGAUUAAAAUCUGUAGACACAACGCCGUGAUUGCUUUCCAGCUUAUAGGAACCAUUUUCUUUUUUGCAUGUUUUUGCCUGGCAAAAAAAUCGGAACUUCUGCCCUUUCAGGUGUUUUUAUAAGGAACCCUUUUCCCUUCUUUACAACAUUUUCACUGGUUCCUCUCCACAGGAAAAUGAUUGAUGUAACUGAUCAGUGAAGGGUAAAGUCUGAUAUCCAUUGGCCCAUUCUUUUAUCUUGGGUG